GUUUUAUUUCCCAAGAAAGUCAGAUUUCAAUGGUUGAGUGGGUUUGGGAGCUUUAUGGAACAGGAAAGGUUCUUGAAGCAGCAGACCAGAAGCUCUGUGGAGGCUUUGAUGAGAAAGAAAUGGAGUGUUUGCUGGUAGUUGGCCUCUGGUGUGCUCACCCAAAUUAUAAUCUCCGGCCAUCGACAAGGCAAGCUACUCUUGUCCUCAACUUUGAAUCUCCACUGCCUGAUCUUCCAUCAAAGAUGCCGCUCUGCCCCACAGUUUUUCGUCCCCCAUCCACAUCGAAUAUGUCUGAAUCUGUCUUCUCUUCAUCCGAUGGCACCAGCACCACAGCCACCAGUGUUUCCAAGAGCAGCCAAAUUCAAGUGGAAGUGACUCAACCAGAAGACACAAGAAGAGCUUACACUUACAACGCCUCUUCCUGGAAACCUUCUGCAGAUAUUACCCCAUCUGGAUCACUUUCGUACACAGCAUAA